GAAAAUGAGUGGUCGCAAGAGGUCAAAGAGAGAGAGCGUGGGUAGACCUCCAUUGCUCGUUCAGCAUAUUGAGCUUUAUAAAUAACCCAAUGUGUAGAUAUGAUGCGCUCGGGUGGAGACAUAGUGGUCGAGGUUCAUCCGAGCGCUUCCCUAAACGUGGAAAACAUGGAGAAGCUGGAUUAUCUAGCUCCGACAGUGCUUCUGACGUCACGCUACCUUGCCUUGAUCCCAGGGUUAUGUGACCAGUCUGUUCGUCACCGCCGGUGAAUUCAACACAUCGGACUAUCGCAUCGGAUCGGCUCAUAUUGCGUCGGUCGGGCCGAAAUUCGAGGUGGGGUUGGACUGCCGAUCAGCUGGAAAGGCGGCCCGAGCGUCCGAUCUUGCGGAGAUGCGAGAGGAGCGAGCUUCGCCCUUAAGUUUCCCCGAAAGAAGCAAAUUCAGUCCAAAAGGUUACUUGAUCCCAGAAGUUGGAAAUGAUAUGAAAGGUUGUGCAAGCGGAUAUGUAGCCUUUUGAAGCGGAGCUGAUUUGUUGACGAGCAUGCGACUGACCGGUCGUUAUCGGGCCGCUCCGAUACCAGAAACAGUUCUUAUCGAAACGAAUUAUAUCGAAUCCAAAAACUGGCAUGCUGCCGGGUAAUCUGUAUGCGUCCACCCUAGACCUGCUCCGCUCGUCCUCAAGGCAUAAGCACGUCGGCGGCGUCCAAUGGCCGGUAUUCUACGCUCUUGUAGAAGAAGGGUGCUUUUUCCCACCUGCCGAUAGGCUUGAGGCGCAAGCUCUGAUCCUACGCAGUUAGGGCGUGUGCGGCUGCUCGGCAGGGUAUACGUUGCCUCUCGUGUGGUGUUGCCAGCAGAUGGUCGAUAAGGUGAAAAGCGCGUUUGUCGGAUGGAAAGCGUGCUCAAGUUGGAUGCUCGUUGCGGCCUUGUUCCCGAAUACCAGCGUUAUCGCUCCGUUGAUCUUGAAGCCCCUGUUCACUUUAAUCGAGGGAAGCACGAGUAGGAGGAAAGGGUGGAGCCUCAUCUAGCAUACACGUGGAAUAGGGCAAGCGCCCGCGUUCCACAUUCUUCGGGACAAGGGUCGACACCGCUUCUCUUGUUGGCGUCCUUUGUCCUUCACUGCACUGGCGCUACGACG